AAAAGGUGGUGGCUAUGGUGGUUCGUCUGGUUUCAAAGUACAAAGUAUUAAAGAAACUUACACCCACUACAGCUGUUGCCCAGGAUGGCUAAAAAGUGGACGUCACUGCUCAAUACGUAUGGUGUAAACUUUUCAUGAAGUUCUCUACAAAAAAGACAAAUAAAUGGACAGCAACAGGAAAAGACAGUAAUCAGUACUACGUGGGAAUCGAGGUUUCUCCACGUCACGUGAUUGUCAAAGAAUGCAACGUAGCAGAGAACAUAACAGUUACCUUAAGRCCAACUGUUCCUAUUUUACCCACMAUGAAUGUCCCUGGAUCUGACAGUGUAGUGGUGUCUGUGUUGAUACCCCAAAAGUACAAAGCACAAAGAAGACAAGCUGCAGUUGACAAAUGCCAUGUUGAACUGAAGACACAAGACAUAACUCGUGGUAAAACAAUCACGAUUAGAGGAAUCUGUGACAAUCAACAGGAUCAAAGACAAAGCUUUUCCUUUCGUUUCAAACCGCAAACCAUGAGCACCAGUUGGUCAGAUGUGGAUAGCUAUCAAAUGCCAGCAGUGAAGGUUACAGUGGAUAACACAGAAACACGAUUGUGCCUAACUACCACCGAUCCUAAUUUGUUUACAUUUGACAAAAGAAGAUAUUUUUAUAACGAGAUGGGUGAUUAUGUCAUGUACAGCAACGAAGCAAAGAAAGUGCAGGUUCAUGUUCGUCUUUGGAUAUGUGCUGGCCAAAUGACUUGUGUAUGCGGUGCAGCAAUACGAGAGGGAAAAGACGUCAUAGUUAUAUCUAUGUGUAACAAAAUGAAAGAUUCAGUACCUACAAUACUAAGGACUUUCAAACGAAGUCCUGGAAGUCUAUCGAAAGGAAUACAAAUCACUAAGAAGAUCAGUGGUUCAUCAUUGGAGCAGGAGGUAAUUCUGUCUUCGGGUAUCAGAGUCUCAGUAAAACGUUCUGGAAGGUCACUGGAUGUUCGUAUCAAUGCACCAUCUACUGACAAGGGAAAAGUCUUGGGGCUUUGUGGUAACUUUAAUGACGAUCCRGAAGACGAUUGGAACAAAGGAGGUGAUGGUAAACCUCAUGACGAUGAAAAACAAUUUGCAGCAAGCUGGCGUCUUAAGGAAGGGAAGAGCUUUUUUGAGGUUCUCCCUGAACAAGAACUUGAAGAGCAAGUUGAACAAGGGAGAUCCUGCUAUUGUGGCRUCGAAGGUGAAACAACACAGGAUGAAAGAUGCGAUGACAACGCAAAUCUUUUCACAAGAAUCGACGCUACUCAGAUAGAAGUACUUAAUACUCAAAUAAAUGACCAGUCACAAUUUGGCAUGAAAAGAUCUGUAGACAGUCACUGGUAUAGUGAUGACAUCAUUGAUCACAUGGAACGUAGCUACUAUGUGGAUGAUCUUCAUGUACAACUCGCUGUAAACCGCAUACGAAACAAGAGAUCACCGAUAGAAGUCAUACCAGAAGAUGAGGCAACUCAGUAUUGUACAACACAAAUUGAAGAAACAAAAGCAGGAAAGGCAUGCAUGAAGAUCUCAGAAACCAACUUAAAAAAUGCCAUAAUACAGUGUGUUAACGACUUGAAGUUGUCAGGAGACAAGACAUUUGCAGUGUUGGCAUUUGAGACCAUGAAGUACAUAUGUGAAGAUACCACAUUAAAGAACCUUUCACUCUAUACUCAUACUGCAAGUGGUGACUUAAUGCCUCCCAGAGAGGUAGUAAAAGACUUGUGUCCUGAAGACUGUAGUGGACGUGGCACAUUUAAGAACAGAACCUGUAUAUGUGAAGAAGGCUAUACUGCACUGGACUGUUCCAUGCAGGUUAAUGCAGUUCCUGAGUUGUUAGGGAUUUACAAUGGUGGACUUUGUGAUAUACGAGAACGACCAUGUAAAAAAACAAAUAUCUUGGGUCAGAACUUUAUCAAAUCGGAGARCCUAACAURUCAUGUACAGGAAGAAAWGGUAUUUCUUGUGCRUCAUAGACAUACGUGCAAUGCAUAUACUAUUGAGCYGCAAAUAUCAUUGGGUCCAGGAACAACGUGGUUUWUUWAAUGWUUGCCUUGGACCCGACUCAUGUUUUGUAUGAGAAGCCUGGAGUUGAAUAUGAAAGUAACACGUCUCAGUGUUUUACGUUUAUCCUAG